AAAAUUUGAAGUACUGGUAAAUUUAAAUGACAAUGUUUUCAGAAUUGUAAUUAAUAACUCAAUGAAGUGUGAUGUCAAAUUCAUUUUAUAAAAAAAUUUUUCAUAAAAAAUGAUGCCGUUUAAAUAGAAUUGGUGGAACUCUGAAAGAAUUGGUGUGAUGCAUGGAUUAAUACAACGCCUGUCACACGUAUGUAGCUACAGCUCAAAUUUUAAAUCCAUCGUAAAUACUAGAUUUUCAAUUGUCAACAAUAACUUCAAUUUUAAAAAGUUGAAAGCAUCUAAGUGAAUUUUUUUGUAUUAGUGUUAGAAAAUUGAUUUCAAUUGCAAUAUUUUGUUAAAUUUAGUGUCAACUUCCCAUAUUAUACUCAGAUUUAAUUAGCCCUUAGCAUGAAAAGUAUUGAAAUCAUGCUUUCAGAUUUUUCAAUCUUCUCAUAACUUCAUUUAAACUAAUAUUUGAUUUUUGUAAUCAUUAUUCUGUGAAUUUGCAAUAAAAUUUCUCUGAACUAUCUCUAAAUAUAUAUAGUUAAAAUUGAUGUAAGAACAAUGUUGCAAUAUGUCGUGGUAAGUUGUGCUUGCGAGUUUCUAUGCAAGUAUUAGUUCCGUAUUGUAACACAACUUGUCAAUGUGUUCAAAUGCCACCAGCACCUAGCAGACAACUUUUUACUCCUCAUGUCGUAAAAGUAUAUACAUAACACAUUUAGCUUUCAAUUCGUAUCCAUUUGGCACUUGAAAUUUUGAAAUAUUAAAUAACGUUUGACACAAUUUUCUUUGACUGAUUUUCUUAAAAUUUUUCUAUACAUUUAAUACUGUAAUUUUGUUUGAACGUUUUUUUCAUGAUUCGAAGUUACGUAUCUUUCCGUUUAAAAAGAUCGAUUGUUGUAAAAACAAAACGAUUCAUUUUCGAUUCUUAAGGUAAUGCAGGGCAGUUGUUAUUUCGCUUAGCAAAUCAAAGUUUACCACAACCUACAAUCCUGAGAUAAGACGAGACGAAACAAGUUCCAACUUUUAGUAUUGCUAUCUAAUGACUUCGCCAAUAGUUCAACUGUCCCAGCUUAAAAAAUUUAAAAACUAACUGUUAUUUUUAUUCUAUGUAUGAUUUAACGAUUCACGCAAAGUUCUCAGUUGCACAAGCAAUUAAACUUACUUAAGUGCCCGGUUGAAUUGAAUAUCAUUUCUAACUCCAUCAUGAGCUUUUAUGCUGUGGCAAAAGGCAGAAAUCCAGGAAUUUAUUACAAUUGGAGUGACUGUGAAGUUCAAAUUAAGAAAUUCUCUGGUGCGAGGUAUAAAAAAUUUUCCACUGCAAAAGAAGCAGAAAACUUUAUAAAUCUAAAUUCAGAGAAACCAAAAAAUGACACCCAACAAGGUAGCUCGUCAUCAAAAAAAGUAUUAAAAUAUUGCCAAAAUAUUCCUUCACUGAAAAGAGAUUUCUCUAAAAUUAGUCCUGAAGAAAAAAUAAAUGUCUCUUCGAAAAGAAUAAAAAUCAUUGAUCCACCAAAACAAAACAAGAAUGUGGAUGGAUUUUUAGAGGAUGAAAAUGGCUAUAUUGAAGUUUAUACAGAUGGAGCUUGUAAAUUCAAUGGGAGAGGAAAUGCAAAAGCUGGUUUCGGAGUUUGGUUUGGUGAUAAUCACCCACUAAAUGUAGUUCAAGCACUUGAUGGUAAGGCAACAAAUAAUAGAGCUGAAAUUAAAGCUGUAACAAUGGCAGCAAAACAGGCUGAAAAAGCAGGUAUAAAAAAAUUGAGAGUAAACACAGAUUCUCAAUUUUUAAUAGAUUGUAUUACAAAAUGGAUGCCAAAUUGGAAAAAAAAUGGAUGGGUUACUUCAAAAAAUGAAACUCCAAAAAAUAAGACUGAACUUAUUGAAAUGGAUGAAGCUUGUGCCAAAUUAGAUGUUAAAUUUAAUCAUGUGCGAGGACAUUGUGGUAUUCAUGGGAAUGAAAUGGCUGAUCAACUUGCCAAUUUAGCAUGUGAAAGAAGUAGCUAAUUUAUGACAGUUAAAACUAGAAUAAUUAAAUGAUUAAGUUAUUAUAUUACAGACUUGUAUUUAUAUUGGAAUAAAAUCAU